CCUCUCCCGCACGGCUGCCGGCCUCACGUUUUCUUGCCCUGCUUCCAGAGGCUUCCUCCCCCCACCACUCCCCACUCUCCCAGUCAGCCCGCGUCCCCGUCUCUCUCCCUCCCUUCCUCCCAACACAGUUGAGAAGUCAGCACAAUGACUCGCGGCGACCAGAGGGAGCGCGACCGGCAGAGGGCGCAGGCGCGGCGGCCCGCGGCCAAGGGGCGCGACGACGGGCUCACGCCGGAGCAGCGGCGGGAGCGGGACGCCAAGGCGCUGCAGGAGAAGGCUGCCAGGAAGGCGGCGCAGGCCGCGGGGGGCGGCGCCGACGCCAAGGGCGGCAAGAACGCCAAAGGCAAGAAGUAGUAGCCGGGGUCUCCGGAUUUGUGCAGGAGGUUUCGUUUCUCCUCCUGAUCUGGCGAAAUUGGUUGGGUUUGUCUUGGCAGUUGGUGAUUGUGAGAAAGCUGUGUGUUCGUGCUGGAACUUGUAGGAAGAUCUGUAUUGCUUGGAUCUGGAAAAUCUGGAAUGCAAUGCGAUUUUAUUGGUGUUGUCA